AUGAUAAAAUAUAAUCCUGCUUAUUUGAAUUUAAAUGAACGACUAUCUCAAAUAUGGCUUAAUAAAUAUACUAUUUUAUUCAUACUAGCUGCUUUUAAGUUACUAUUCUUUUCAACCUCAUUAAGAAAUGCAUUAGACGUCUCUAAAAGCUAUAUAUUGUCAAACUGUGGUACAAUUGACACUAUGUAUUCAAAAACCUUGAAUAGUACACCUCAUUACAUUGGUGUAUUUGGGAACUAUCUGAUCAAUAAAGCAUUGAUUCAAACUGUUAAAACAAGUUUAUCUACUGUCUCUUUACUCGUGUAUGCUAGUGAGGAGAUAUUGGAAUUCAUGGUAGAUUUUUAUUUAGGAACAUAUGAAUGCUUAUUGGUGGCAGCUAUAGAUGGAACAGUAGACACAGCAGUUAACGCUACUGAAAAAUUGAUAGGUUUUGUAAAUGGUUCAGUUGGAUCAAUUGCUAAUGAUUUAGAUGAUGGAUUGAAUGAUUUAUCAAAAAUCAUCAACAAAGCAAUCUCGGCAGCUGAAAAAGUUGGUAGCUUAUUUAGUGAUGAUGAUGAUGAUGACGACGACGAUUCAAGUAGUUCAAGUAAGAACAUAGCAUCUGUUAACUUAACAAUAAAAGCCCUACGAAACCUAUAUAUUCCUUCUUCAAUUAAUGAUAAAUUAGAGAAGAUUUCAGAUUCUACGCCAACUUUCGAUGAGGUCAAAAACUCAACCAAAAAUCUAAUAGGAAUACCUUUUGAAAAAAUCAGAAAAGAAAUUAAAUCAAUCAAUACUACUAAUAUUGUAGGUGAUCCUGACGUAUUAUAUGUCCCACCGAUUAACGAUAACAGCAAUUAUCAAGGAAUUUGCAGUGCCAAUAAAAAUCACAUUACGUCGUUUUUCUAUUCAAUGGAUCAUCUCUUGAAAGUUGCAACAAUAGUUUGCAUUGUAUUGCUAUUAAUCGGUGCUGUUGUGGUCCUUUUUCCAGAGUUUUUGGAGGAGUUUAAAUUAUGGAAACGUCUGACACAGUUAAGGGAAUUUUAUUGGUAUAACAAGGAUCUAUACCCUUCCUCCUCCGAAUUGGAAACUAUAAAUCAAGAGGUUAAAGAUCCAUUUAAUGAUAAGAAAAAUAUUAUUCCUGAUCAAUUUGAUGUAAUUGCUGGGUACCAAACUUGUUUCAAUCCUUGGCAUACUAGAAUAGUAAAUUUCAUAGAAAAGAUAAUCACUUACUUCAAUCGUUCUUCAUUUCAAAAUGAAAGUAACAAAAGAAGAAGACAAUGGAUCGUUGCUUAUGUAGCAUCAGAAAGAGCCUUGUUUAUAUUAGGAAUAGGAAUGCUGGCAUUUUUUGUUUCCAUUUUACAGUUAAUUAUUAUAACGCUUCUGAAGAGGACAUUUGACAAUAAUUCAAAUAUGAUAAAUAUAAAUUCAAUAGCUAACUCAUCUGCUGUUCAUUCAUUAAAAGAUGAUGUUUCAACAUGGAGCAAUCAGGUAAACUUAUACAUCAAACAGACAGAAGGGAAUUUAAAUCAUCAAGUCUUUGGCUGGAUUGAAGACUCUACUGAAUCAUUAAACAAUACUGUCACACAUAUGAUUAAUGGAAUAGAUGAUACAUUAGCAGACAUAUUCAAUGGUACUCUGCUGUACAAUCCUAUGAAGACAGUUGUUUCCUGUGUUAUCGAAAACAAAUUGUACACAAUUGAAAAGAGUUUGACAUGGAUACAUAAUAAAGCAAAUGUGACAUUACCAAGAAUCAACGGCGAUGAUAUUAAUAAUCUAUUAUCAUCUUCAAAUAACUCAACAAAUGCAACAGGUAGUAAUAACCUUGCGACAGAAUUGUUUGAAGAUGUUAUUGAUGAUUCAAAAAAAAUAAUUAACAAGGUUAUUCAAACCUAUCAUAAAAGCAUUAUAUAUGAGAUGAUCAUUUCACUAGUUUUCAUCGGAAUAUGGUCAAGUCAGAUACCAAUAGCAUUAGUAAUUGCUAGAUUCAAGAACUUUUAA